CGAAGGUAAGCUCUCAUCUACGUAGCCAUAAGUAGGUCUUCUGCGCCCCGUUUGCAUCUUGCGUCUCCCUCAUUUCUCGCACCAUCGCGAUCUUUCCAACUCAUGCAACAUGGCGAAACAUCACAUCCUCGUAAUCGGCGCAGGCGUUGCGGGACCCGUAACAGCAUACUGGCUUGCCAAAGCCGGCUUCCAAGUGACCGUCAUUGAGCGUUCGUCGAAUAUGUUCAAGUAUGGUCAAGGUGUUGACAUUAACGGGCCGGCUCAGGAGGUAGUGGAGAAGAUGGGUCUGCUGGACAAGAUCAAGUCCAAGACGACGGGGGAGAAGGGCGUAACUAUGGUAGACGACGAUGCGAGACCUCUGGCGUCCAUCGAUGGCGGCGUGACGCAAGAGAUUGAGAUCAUGAGAGGUGAUCUUGCUGAGAUCCUGACUAAGGCGGCGAUGGAGCAAGGCGAGGUGGCGUUCAAAUACGAUAUGACUGUCGAACAAAUCAAGCAGGAGCACGACCAUGUCAAUGUCAAGUUUGGGAAGUCCGGCGAGGGUACUGAAGGUAGCUUCUACGCAGUUAUCGGCGCCGAUGGCUUCCGUUCGCGCACGCGCGCUCUGGCUUUCGAUCCUAAAGACCUCGAAAAUUGCUUCAAAGCCAAGGACAUCUUCAUUGCUUACUUCGACAUCAAAGCUGCUGACGACGAUGCGCCGUAUGCCCGCUUAGAGAAUGCGGUAGGCGGACGUACCGUCCUUGUUCGACCUGUUACCAAGGAGCGCUCUUCAGCUUACGUUAGUGUGACGACGAAGUCCGAGAGGCUGGAGCAAGUUGUUCUGGAGGACAAGCAGACGCAGAAGGCUACUCUGGCUGAGAUGUUCGAAGAUAUAGGAGGGCUUGCGCCAAGGGUGAUGAAGGAGAUGGAGGAGUCUGAGAAUUUCUACUUCGAGCGAGUUGCGCAGAUCAAGCUACCGAGGUGGUCGAGCGGGCGAUGUGUGCUGGUAGGAGAUGCUGGUUAUGCUACCGGACCAAUUACGGGUGAAGGAAGCAAUAUCGCUAUUGUCGGAGGCUACGUCCUCGCCGGAGAGCUUUCCGAGCAGUGCGAUAACCCUCCUUCCGCCUUUCGUGCGUAUGAGGACCGACUGCGGACGUAUGUCGACAAAGCCCAGGAAAUCCCGCUGGGCGGCGCUGCACCUCGACUGCUCAACCCCGACACGCGGUGGGGCAUCUGGACACUGCGAGCGGCGUUUCGUCUGUUUGCUUGGACAGGCGUGUGGAAGUUGAUAGAUCCUGGUGAAGCGGAGAAGCUGGACUUACCUGCUUAUGCAAAGCUGCAUAGCAGUUGAAGUAUUUCACCCCAUCAUUGCUGCCUGAAGAGCAGUUCUUUCAAUCUACUCCUCGCAGCUCGUGAGGUCGGUGAUCCCUGUCUGGUGGUAGUCGACGUAGGCUAUGUAGAUUCAAGUCGCAUCAGUCCUUCGAGCAGCGUGCUGAACGCCAUCUUCUUCAGCUGAUGGUAUGAUGGCAAACGGUGGCAACUCACCGACGGAUAUAGGGUAAUGAAGACGCCUUAGUAGGCAUUGAUAUAUACGUAGAGGCAGUACAAA